UUCAGCUAGGGAUCAGCGCCGUUCAUCAGCUCGUCCUCCUCGGCGAGUCCUGAGAACGUCUUGACACGAAGUGACUCCUGCCGCUGUCCCCGGCAGAUGACAAACUCAGGUGAGUGGUAUGAACCUGUACCUUGGAUUAUACAAUUGCCGUGGAGCUAUUCCUCAAAGGGUUUGCGUUCCUUCCAAGUAUAGUCGUGAUCCAUGACUCGAAAGAGCGUGGCGAGACCAUAGCUUGUCUGGGAAGGCGUGCGGUCGCAGGAGCAGGACAUUUAAAAGGGCGAUACCAAACAGCCCACUGGCACUCAGUAACCCGCGACGCCACAACGAAAAAUCGCAGAGCCCCUCUCGAGUUUGCUACAGCUUUAUGGUCCACGCAGAGCUUUCGGUCGUCAGGUACAGGCCACUGGCCCACUCGAAGGCCCAUUGGGCCCUCCAUCUGCAUAUUCUCGGCGGUAAUGAGUCGAAGCAGCACUUCAUCUAUCAAGCCAACGGCGAGCCUGGCGCGCUCGCCCUUGACGUCGUAGAGGCGAACCCGAUGCAGUCGCAGCGUUUCCGCGAAGAAAUUCUCGUCUGCGAAAUCGAUGGUGAGCGUGCCAUCGCCGAGGUCAAGGAGUGCCUGAGGCGGCAACCUAUGAGGAACGACAUCGUCACUUGGACCUGCCAGGACUGGGUCAUGGAGUCCCUCGAGACUCUCAAUGACGAGAUGCUCGUCGACGAAUAUCAAUAUGCUGAGGCAAAGGAGAAGCUCGAGACGGCAUAUCAUAACUGAAGGCUACUAUGCAUGAAUCGCAGCUUCGGAGUGUUCAAGAUUACAAUUUACUUGUACUACUAUACGUUGCUAGGAAAUGUCUUGUUCACGACACAGAAUACGAGAUGCUAGUUUUUUAUGUCUACGAUAGCGUGGUUCAUGUACCAUAUAAAGUGUAGAUUUGUAUUUGACUGUUUU